CGGCGACCGGCCCGGGUGGGGCGAAUGCCGUCCCGGCGGGUGUCCUGGGUCUGGGGCCGAAGUCCAGGCGGACUGUCCCGGUCCCGGCAGCACCGCCCUCCUGCGUCCAGCGCUGGGAGCGGGCCUAGCGCGCUCGCCUCGCCCCUCCUCGAGCCGGGCUCCAGGGUUUCCCGGCUCUGGCCCCGCACCGCUGGCACCCUGAAGAGAGUCGCUGGCCGUGGUGGCCGCAGGGGAAAGUUAGCUGCAAGUGGUCAGGACCUUGUCUGUCCUGAUUAUCAGUGUGUGUCCCCAGUGCCCAGUAGCUGGUAGCUGUUCACAAAACUUGUGGAAUGAACACUUGGCUGUGACAGAUAACAGGAAUCUUCACAAACUAUUGACAUCAAUACUCUCUUAUGAAAGUGGACAGGAAUUUAUUUGCAUUAUAAUCUGCAUAUCCUUGAUAUCUGUCAACAAAUUUCAAGAAUAGAAUAGAGAACUAAAAAUCAUAAGGAGGAUAUUUCUGCAUCUUGAAAGUAAAACAAAAAUCUUUGGAAUAUAUGGAUUUUUGUCACUUUCUGUGAACUAAAGCGAUUCAAUGUCUCUUUUGGAUUGUUUCUGCACUUCAAGAACACAAGUUGAAUCACUCAGACCUGAAAAACAGUCUGAAACCAGUAUCCAUCAAUACUUGGUUGAUGAGCCAACCCUUUCCUGGUUGCCUCCAUCCACUAGAGCCAGUGAAGUGAUAUGUUCCACCAAUGUUUCUCACUAUGAGCUCCAAGUGGAAAUAGGAAGAGGAUUUGACAACUUGACUUCUGUCCAUCUUGCACGGCAUACUCCUACAGGAACACUGGUAACUAUAAAAAUUACAAAUCUGGAAAACUGCAAUGAAGAACGCCUGAAAUCUUUACAGAAAGCGGUGAUUCUAUCCCACUUUUUCCAGCAUCCCAAUAUUACAACUUAUUGGACAGUUUUCACUGUUGGCAGCUGGCUUUGGGUUAUUUCUCCAUUUAUGGCCUAUGGUUCAGCAAGCCAGCUCUUGAGGACCUACUUUCCUGAAGGAAUGAGUGAAACUUUAAUAAGAAAUAUUCUCUUUGGAGCUGUGAGAGGGUUGAACUAUCUGCAUCAAAAUGGCUGUAUUCAUAGGAAUUUUAAAGCCAGCCAUAUCCUCAUUUCUGGUGAUGGCCUGGUGACCCUCUCUGGCCUUUCCCAUCUGCAUAGUUUGAUUAAGCACGGACAGAGGCAUAGGGCUGUGUAUGAUUUCCCACAGUUCAGCACGUCAGUGCAGCCGUGGCUGAGUCCAGAACUACUGAGACAGGAUUUACAUGGGUAUAAUGUGAAGUCAGAUAUUUACAGUGUUGGGAUUACAGCAUGUGAAUUAGCCAGUGGGAAGGUACCUUUCCAGAACAUGCACAGUACUCAAAUGCUGUUACAGAAACUAAAAGGUCCUCCUUAUAGCCCACUGGAUAUCAAUAUUUUCCCUCAGUCAGAAUCCAGAAUGAAAAGUUCCCAAUCAGGUGUAGACUCUGGGAUUGGAGAAAGUGUACUUGUCUCCAGUGGAACUCACACAAUAAAUAGUGACCGAUUACAUACACCAUCCUCAAAAACCUUCUCUCCUGCUUUCUUUAGCUUGGUACAGCUUUGUUUGCAACAAGAUCCUGAGAAAAGGCCAUCAGCAAGCAGUUUGUUGUCUCAUGUUUUCUUCAAACAGAUGAAAGAAGAAAGCCAGGAUUCAAUACUUUCACUGUUGCCUCCUGCUUAUAACAAGCCAUCAGUAUCACUGCCUCCAGUGUUACCUUGGACUGAACCAGAAUGCAAUUUUCCUGAUGAAAAAGACUUAAUCUGGGAAUUCUAGGGCUGCCAAAUCAUUUUAUGUCCUAUAUACUUGACAUUUUCUCCUUGCUGCUUUUUCUUCUGUAUUGUUAGGUACAAAUACCAGAAUUAUACUUGAAAAUACAGUUGGUGCACUGGAGAAUUAUUUAAAACCACUCUGUUUAAAGGGGCAUGAAUUUAUAGUCCCUCCAUUUGGCUCAGAGUGCUAUCAGAACUCCAGGGAAACAUUAGAUUUAUUGAUCUAGCCACAGUUAGUGUCAUCUGUUCUUGACUUUUUUUCCCCCUGAGAUGUGACUAACUCCUCUCUUGAUCUCUCAGUAUAAUUUUUGAGCCAGUUAAUAUUUUUACCAUUUUGCUGUCCUCUUGGGAUGAGCCCUCAGAAGACAGUAUUUCCAAAUACAUCUUUUUCUUCCAGAUUCUCUAGCCUUUUUGAUCAUCUAUAAUUAAACCAGUGGGCUAGUUUAUCCUGGUAUCAGACCCUUUUUUGGUAGAAGGGAAAAUGUUUAUACUUUCCCUUUUUUUUCUGUUAAUUACUUAGGUAACAGCAAACCAAGCCUCAUUAAAUGGUUCACUUGAAUUUAUAGAGAAAUUGUAAUUUGCUUUUUGUUUUUAAAAAAAGAGGGGGCUAAAUAACACUUUUCUACCUAUGUAAAUUAUAGAUCCUAAAUUCAUGCACCCUGUGGGAGCUCAAUAAAGAUUUAUUGAAUUGA